AUGCACGUGUCACAGAGCCGUCUCCUUGAGAUACGAAGGACCGUCGUGCAUGUCUACGUGCAUGAGAGCGUGACAGGUCUCUAUGGUCUCUGCGGAACGGAAGAUAGUUCCUCAGAUUACACAGACCGGUCGGGAGCAGUAGUCUCUGAUUUGACAUCGUUCGCCAAUUCUUGGAAGACGGAAGAUCAAACUGUGAAUCCCUCUUGCUCUUCUGGGAGAAAGAAGAGAUCAACGAGCGAGAGUGCACAAUGUACAUUGGACUCCACCAAGACAGACGAGUUCACCACCAAAUGUACUAGCACGGUGUACAGUACUACAUAUCUAGGGAAUACUGUCGACGGGCACGCGGCUCUGGUGUUGAUAGCUGCUUGCGAAUUCGAUCUGUGCAUGGUGUACCUCAGCACAAGCAGCGACGCCGCCGUCGACGCUUACUUGGUCAACGACGUCGUCCCAACGGUGCAAGCAUUUAUCGGCACUUUUAACCUUUCGACAGAAGCGCCCACAACGACUCUUACAUCUACCAUCAGUGCAACGACAACUGAGGAAGCAACAACAGUUCCUGAAACUACUACUUCAGCAACUGUCACGACUUCAACUCCUCAGACGAGUACUGUUGCAGCUACGACAACCACUUCAGAACCUCAAUCAACCACGGCUUCAGCUACCACAACCACUUCAGAACCUCAAUCAACCACGGCUUCAGCUACCACAACCACUUCAGAACCUCAAUCAACGACUUCAGAUAUCACUACUUCAGAACCUCAAACAACCACUACUUCAGAACCUCAAUCAACCACUUCAGAACCUCAAACAACCACUGCUUCAGCAACCACUACUUCAGAACCUCAGACAACUGCUUCAGAUACAACCACUUCAGAACCUCAACUACCACAACCACUUCAGAACCUUUCAGCUUACCACAACCACUUCAGAACCUGA